AUGGGGAAGGAUCGGUUCGUCAACGCCAAUCCGUAUCCGGACGUCCACGUGUCGGAGGAGGAGCGGCAGCAGCUCAUUGAGCUCGUGGACGGGUUCGUGCAGGACUAUUUCCGCAAGUACGAGGAGUUCGCGACCGUCCACAAGCACAAGGUGGACGAGCGGCGCUGGGAGCACGUCAAGUCCAGAGACAACAUCCACGUCUACACGGAGCGCACUCAGAAGGUCCUCAAGAAGAACGGCGUCCUACUAGAGCCGGAUGAAGAAGCAUCGCCCGAGGAAGUUGUGGUCACGGAGAAGGAGCUGCCGGUUAUGCUGAGCGUGGGCACCUUCGUAGGCGAGAUGGACGACCUCAUGUUCGGGGUUGUGAACCCAACGCUGGAUGUCAUGCGCAUCAAGGCUUCCUACGUGCACGAUCUGGAUAGUGCAGCGGUGAUGUGCCCCGUGGUGGAGCCCAGCGAGGAGGAACCGUUCCGAUCGCUUGUGGUCAAGUGGAUGACGAUUGAUGUGCCGCUUCAGUCGACCAGCUUGGUCAAAUGCCGAGACUUUGUGUACAUUGAGGCUACAGGGAUCCUGCAUUUCGCUAAUGGAGACCGAGUGGGCUACCACUUGCUGCACUCCAUCGCCUUCCCGCAGACCAAGCCGCUCCCGAACAAAAUUCGCGGCAAUUUGUCGGUCUUCGGCUUCUUCCGGCAGAUUGAGCACAAUGUUAUCGACAAUUUUGCGAGUGGAAUUGUCGAUCCAGGAGGCGACAUUAUGCGAUUCUUGUUGAUCCCAACCGCAGCUGAAGCUCUGCUCUCAGCAACGAACUACGUGUACUGCGGACAGAUGAAGAAGAUCUCGUGGAUGCUGCAGCGCCGCCAUUCGGCCUUUGCGCGGCAAGGCAAAUCCCAAGUCAAGCAAGAGUGCGUGGCUUGUGGCAAGAAGGCCACUCAUAAGAAGUUGCGAGGAAUUGGGAGGAGCACGUGCAGACUGUGCUACGGCUGCGUGUGCUUCCCGUGCAAGGUCCGCAAGCGCAUCAGCUUCAUCACGCUGAAUGGCCACCUUAUCCAGCGAAAGAUCACGUUCUGCGCAAAGUGUGUGAGCACAGCGACCAAGUGCGACGCUCAGGAGGCAGCUAGAGAUCAAGCUACGGGCUACGAAGCGUAUAAGGCCCUCUCCACAUCGUCUCAGUCCAAUACCAUUGAGUCGUCGAUGUUUGAGUAG